CAUUACCACGGACCACUCACCUACUGAUUUGUGGUUUUUACGAUGACCAAGAACGAAUAUAAUUAAUUCCAAAUUUACACAUAAUACGAUAGUUAGUAGACCAGCUACAAUGGUUUAAAUAAGAACCUAAGUAAUAUAAAAAAGUUUUUAUAAUAUAUAAAACACGUUACUUUGUGACAAAAUUCAACGGAAUUCACUUGAAUAUGUCUUCGUCGGACUCUGAUGACUCCUACUCGCACGAUGAGUAUUGGUUAAAUGACUACGAGGAAGGAAACGGACCUCCACUGAUUAAAAAAAAAUCGCGUUUGAUAUGCGCCGUCCUUCACAACCAAGUGGAAAUCCUCAGGGACCUCCUCGACUCCCCGAAAUGGUAUAACGUCCACGAUUCUUGGGGUUACAGUUUACUGCAAAUAGCAGCUCGCCAAGAGAGGUACAAAUCCUUCAAAUAUUUGUUAUCCAUACCGGAUUUUCCUUUUGAUAUUGUGACCAAACAAGGCACAACAGCAUUGGGGGUUGCACUUGAUUCUUAUAUGUAUAAUGAUAUAUGGAGGGAGGAAUACUUUACAUAUGAAUUGAUAAAAAAAGGUGCCUGCAUUGAUGAGGUUUAUUUUCAAGGAGAAUCACCACUAGCCCGUGCCUUAGAACGUCAUUACUAUAAGUCAGCCAGACUUCUUAUACGACGGGGGGCUGACGUUAAUUGUGUUAAUUCUAAUAGGAAUGAGAGCCCUCUUGACAUGACCGUGAACAGAAAUCAAAUUGAACUAGUAAUGACUUUGUUAGCAUAUGGAGCACAACCUACGGUCUACCACUUUGAACGGUCCGUGUUUUACAAUGGCUCUUUUGAAGAACAAGAAACUCUGUGUCUGUACAUUUUUGAUCAGUACUCAAACCUGGAGUUGCGCCUCGAUGUGUUAUUAAAACUUGCUGAAGCUAAAUCUCCCCUGUUCUACCACAUUCUUAAAUGCCCUAUUAAAAUAACAAUUCAGUAUGAAUAUUUGUCUCUCUACUUUCGCAUAAUGUGUUCCAUGAACAUUGAUUGUUUGCGACUCGUCAUUCAAAAAUUUGGUCACUCUAUAAAUGAGUUGUUUUCAAGAAGCGUACUCUCAGAUACUGAUUACACGGGUGGUGAUGGCAAACCUAUUUAUUUAAGAAAUUUAAAUCUGAUGCUUGAAAGCGAAUUAAAAUCGACUGCGAUUACUUUUAUUAAUAAUGUGAACAGAAGCGAGUUAUUUCAGGAUUUGAUCGAACUUGGAUAUAAAGAAACAGCCAUAACUCAACUUUAUUGUUAUUUAUUAAGUUAUGGUUUAAAUAUUGCAGAGUUAGAUUUGCAAAUUAUAUAUAAAAAGUUUGGGUGUUGCGAAUUGUUCAAAAUUCUUUUACACAUGGACGUACAGAUGGGCAUUCCAAAAGUUUACAUUAAAAAUGUGAUAGCUGUUUUUAUGUAUGAUAUUAAUAUGAAUUUAGAUCGUUUUUUCCAAAAGCCUUAUAAUUAUUGUAAGAAUAGUAUUAAUGAAUUACGACGUUACUUCUUCCAUCCUAAAUUAAAUGAAAUGAGUUGUCACAACGAUGAGACAGGUGGUUAUUUACCAGAACGGGAUUUUCAAGAAAUGCCCCGAUUAACAGAACUAGCGCGAAAUAUUUUUAGGAAGUUUUUUAUAAAAAAGUUUAAAAUUAAAACGUGCUCAGAGUUUUACUCGAGACUCAAUGAUCUAGCAAUUAGCAAUCUAUACAAAAAGAUUAUUAACUAUGAAACGAUACUGUAUUAAAGAUUUUUUAUUUUGUUACAAAUAUAUUUUUUUAUUAAUACGUGGAAA